GUCUGGCUGCACCUGCAUCCUUAGCUCAGAGCAUCCCUGGAGCAUCUUAAGAAGCGACCGCAGCUGGCAACCAGGGACCAGACUGUCGCAGGAGGCGUCCGCCAGAUACCUUCCCCCUCCCCUGACCUAGCGCUCUACAGCAGCGGCCUCAGUACCGACCGGGGGUUCCCAGAGUUGUCCGACCACUGCAAAAGCAUUUAUAGCAAUAGCCUCUGACUACGACAUGGCUGAGAUCACCAAUAUCCGACCUAGCUUUGAUGUGUCACCAGUGGUGGCUGGCCUCAUUGGGGCCUCUGUGCUGGUGGUGUGUGUCUCGGUGACUGUCUUUGUCUGGACAUGCUGCCACCAGCAGGCAGAGAAGAAGCACAAGACUCCACCAUACAAGUUUAUUCACAUGCUCAAAGGCAUCAGCAUAUACCCAGAGACUCUUAGCAACAAAAAGAAAAUCAUCAAAGUGCGGAGAGACAAAGAUGGCCCUGGGAGGGAAGGGGGACGCGGGAACCUGUUGGUGGAUGCAGCAGAGGCUGGCCUGCUGGGCCAAGACAAGGGUCCCGGGGGACCUAGCUCUGGAUCUUGUAUAGACCAAUUACCCAUCAAAGUGGACUAUGGGGAAGAACUGAGGAGCCCCAUUGCGAGCCUGACCCCAGGGGAGAGCAAAACCACUUCUCCGUCGUCUCCAGAGGAGGAUGUCAUGCUAGGAUCCCUCACCUUCUCAGUGGACUAUAACUUCCCGAAAAAAGCCCUGGUGGUGACAAUCCAGGAGGCCCAUGGGCUGCCAGUGAUGGAUGACCAGACCCAGGGCUCUGACCCCUACAUCAAAAUGACCAUCCUUCCUGACAAGCGGCAUCGGGUGAAGACCAGAGUGCUGAGGAAGACCCUGGACCCUGUGUUUGACGAGACCUUCACCUUCUAUGGCAUCCCGUACAGCCAGCUGCAGGACCUGGUGCUGCACUUCCUUGUCCUCAGCUUUGACCGCUUCUCUCGGGACGACGUUAUCGGGGAGGUCAUGGUGCCAUUGGCUGGAGUGGACCCCAGCACAGGCAAGGUACAGCUGACCAGGGACAUCAUCAAAAGGAACAUCCAGAAGUGCAUUAGCAGAGGGGAGCUCCAGGUGUCUCUGUCAUAUCAGCCUGUGGCGCAGAGAAUGACAGUGGUGGUCCUCAAAGCCAGACACUUGCCGAAGAUGGAUAUCACCGGUCUCUCAGGUAAUCCUUAUGUCAAGGUGAAUGUCUACUACGGCAGAAAGCGCAUCGCCAAGAAGAAAACCCACGUGAAGAAGUGCACUUUGAACCCAGUCUUCAAUGAGUCUUUCAUCUAUGACAUCCCCGCUGACCUCCUGCCUGACAUCAGCAUCGAGUUCCUUGUCAUCGACUUCGAUCGCACCACCAAGAACGAGGUGGUGGGGAGGCUGAUCCUGGGGGCGCACAGUGUCACAGCCAGCGGUGCGGAACACUGGAGAGAGGUCUGCGAGAGCCCCCGCAAGCCUGUGGCCAAGUGGCACAGUCUGAGCGAGUACUAAUCCUGUCCUCCUCGCCUCUAACCCCGGGGGCCAGGCUGGGCAGGGACGUGGCGGGGAGGGAGAUGACAGAGAGAAGCGGACUCAAAACCUCAUUUUAGUUGUAGAAGAAAAUUUCUUACAAAACAAACCCCACAAGGAACACCCUACAAGACCACAGCUGCAGAUGAGUUCUUAGCGAUGAUGAUUUUUCUCCUUUGCAAGGCACUAGAAAUUCUUUUCUUUUUAUUAAUGGGGGAAAAAAGAGAAGAAAAGACCUCUACAAGUCUAUAUAUAACAAUGUAACCUUAUACUUGCAUGUCUAAUACAAACUGAAGAAAUUAGCCUAACUGCCAAUAUCAAGUUACAGAUUUUAAUCCAUGAAAAUUGUGUUUUGUGCCGAAUUGUAUUUGCUGAUUACCUGAAAUUGGCCUCUUUUUAUUGGGCUUCUCUGGAGAGUUACUCUCACUCCCCACCUCUGCGGAAGAAUAUUUUGCUCUUGUAAAACCUCAUAUUUUCAUCAUCCCCAUCUUUUCUCCCUAUCACCUCUUACAUCUCUGCUCUUUGAUUGAGCUCAAGGUCCAGAGGUCUGUGGUAAGCCAAGAAACAAAGGUAGAAUGGAUAAGGCAGGGUUUGUAGGAGAAGGGAUAUUUGAGAAAUGUGGUAUUUUUGCUGUCAGGGCUCCUGCUAUGAAGGGGUAAAAGGCAGUCUCUGAUUAAUCUGUGAUGAAGCACAUGAACACAUCAGACUUACUAGGUAGAAUUUGGGUUUACAAAACUCGAUGACUUCUCUAAAAAGAGCUUUGGAGACCUCAAACUGAGAUAUAGGAUAGUCCCAAUGAACGCAUUCAGCUGAUCCCAAACGCUGUGUGCAGGCCUGAGGACAAGGAGAGGAGAAACGAGAUGACUGCCUUCCCCCUUUGCCGCUCUGUAUGGGAGUGACAGCCAUUUGUUGGUCGAUGGGUUAGAAGUCAUCAGAGGUCUGAAGGAUUAAAUUGGACUUUGUUUUUCCAGAAUUGCUGACCCCUGAGAAGCUUGAGAGUCUUCUCAAGUAGCUUAGAUGAAGUUAGUUUUGCUUCGUAAGGAAAAGGGCCUUCAGAAAUUAUUCUUUCUCCUUAAAUUUUUCAAUAAGCCCUCUUAAAAAUAACUAAAUGAUUAAAAUGAGUAAAUGUGACUAAAUGAGUAAUAAAGGUAAAUUGGAUUUGUCCAGAACAUCCUUUCCCUCAAAACGAAAAUGCUUAAUUUUUAGAACUUAUGAGUCUCAAAACAAGGUGAAGGGAUGGGGGAACUGCUGAGUUUAAUGCUCCUGCUACCAGUGGGAGAUAGAAGUUGAGAGAGACUCGGCGUCUUGCUGAGAUUAGAAUUCACUUCUCCUUACUCCUAGUCCAGCUGUGUCUCUAACGCUGAGACUUUUCGGAUGGCGGAGAUUUCAUCGACUAUAAGUAAGCUUGCAUAGGCAGUAGAUAUUUCUCUGAGCCUGAAGAGGAGCUCAGACAAGCAGCAGUGUGAAACAAGGCCUGAAAGAUUAGCCAGGACGGAAGGUCCACAUCCACUCAAGAACAUCACUUUCUAGUUUGCUUCUGAGAAGGGAGUCGAAAAGCUGAGUCUCUAUGGAGAGAGUGGCGAUGUUGCCUUUGAUGUUCCCUCAACUCUUGUGGAUUUAAGACCAAUCUGCUUCCCCGGUCCUUUUGUUGUUGUUUUAAGCCUGGAUGCUUGACAAUGCAGAGCAGUUCUGAGCGGGUACAAAGCCCACUCUCAGUUCUUGUCCCUGUCAGCCUCCACCCCCCAUAAUCUGACUCACCGUCUCACCAUCAGUUGGAUUCACCCCACCAGUCUCUAUCCUAUACUCCAUGGAAUGUAAAUACUGUAUCAUACGUAGAAGAAAAUAAUUUUUGUUUUCUAAAAAUGCAUUUUGAGAUAGUUUAAUGUAAAUCUGACAGGAGCAUUCUGAAGCCCCAUUAGGAAAAACUUUAAAUGGUUCCUCUUCAUCGCCUUAAUGUCUAAAGAUCAGAAAUCGCUGAGCAACCCGCUUUUGUUUCCUUCCCAGAAACAAGGCAAAGCAACAGGUGGAGGUAGUCCGGUCUUUGCCCUGCUGUGUGUGCCUCUGUAGCUCCUCCUGACGGAAGUCUGGGAAAACAACCUCACCCCACCCCUCUCUCCCCCAUCUCCUCUCUCCCCCAUCUCCUCUCUCCCCCAUCUCCUUGUAGCUUUAUUCCCUGCAUUCUUUGGGUCCACUGAGCCGUGGGUGGCGAGGUGAUGGGGUGGGAACCAGUAGUUCUGCAGCCCAGGAGCUGCCUUGGUGUCUUUCUCAGAAAAAGGCAAAGAGGCAGACGGUACAGGUUUCCUCCCUCCUACCUCAGGCCUGAUCCAUCAUGCCCUUGACUUUGCUGUCCCAAAGUUUUCUAGCUGACUUUGGCUUUCACGUUUGUUCUUCCCAGAGCUGACUGAUAAGGGUGGAGGAGGCACGCCUCCUCCUAAGAUUCAGUUGAAAGACAAGAGAGUCACAUCCUAGCUUUUGCACAAGGCACUCAUGGUCAGGAAUAGGUUAGGGAAUGGUCACUUCUGAUUUUCCAAGAGUCAGUCCUUCUCUGCUGAUAUCUUGAUUCCUUUGGGAAGACAAGAGUUUUUCUUAAUAACAAAAGUCCCUUUAUGAGUUAUUUCUUCUUUCAGUUCUUGUCAGUGGAGCACAGCCAAGAUGUACAUGUUGAUGAACAGUGCUCUAGAUAUGAAAACAGAUAGAACUGGUUUGUGGGACAGGGGCGGCUUGCUCAGGAGAGGGAAUAAUGCGAGUCUUUUUUUCUUGGAAGGCAUCUGUUAUGGCCAUGACAGUGACAUUGCCCUCGCCGUGAUCCUUCUCUGACGUGGUCGUCUUUCUUUACCUUGUGUCUUCUCUUGUAAAAAUGAAACUCAAAAAUAAAAUAAGCGUGUCAAAUUUGAAAAAAAGAAAAAACUGAAGAAGCUAACAUGAAUUGUGUGAAACUGCAUAAUGCUGUAACGCUAACCUACAAUAUGUAAUGCAAUCUUGUAUGUUGAAUUUGUUAAUGCACCACACAAGUGCAAAA